GUGGAGGUGGAUGUGUCAUGUCAGAACUGAAAAUGUUUUUGUUUGAAGUGGGUUUUUUGGUUGCUGUUUUGCAAGUCUAUCCAACCUACGCUGUCGAGAAUCAAGCAUGUACUUCGGUGGAAAUUGAUUGUGGAAAUUUGAAGACCAGGGAUGGUAGAUACAUGUAUCUAUUCAGCAUUCCAGGUGUAUCUGACAUUGCGGUGUACAACAAUAUAGGGAAUGUCAUUGCCAACCGUGGAGGGAACAAGCCAAUGGAAUUUGAUAAGAAUGAGGUGGUAACGAUGAACAACAGUUCAAUCACCCUCUAUAAAUGCCAAAAUCUGACAAUGAACUUCAUUUACAGUGACGCUACACAGCAGAAGGCUGGAACUGAGUCUAAUGGUGAAGAACCCCCAGUUAAGGAGAGAUGUUCCCAUUACAUUGUCACAGAGAUGAGGAAUGAGGUUGUGACAACAGUACCUUUGAAUUCAACCAUCAUCCCAGAUGGAGACAAUCCUGAUGCAAACCGUGGUGACACUAGUUUGACCUGGAAAAAGGUUGGUGUUGUUGCUCUCGUGCUGGUCAUUGCUGGUUUGCUCUUGGUGUUUUUUUGGGUGUACAAACCUUGGAGAGACAAACAGCGCAACCAAGGCCACAGAGAAAUGGAAGCGGGUCAGGGCAUUCCAGAACCAAACUCCAUUCCUCUGAUGCAGAAUGAGCGACGUGAUGCCAGAGACAUCAGAAAGACUGAUGACGGUGAGACUGUUGAAGAUGUGGUUGUUCCCAGUGACCAAGGAGGUGAGCCAGGACAGGAGAGCAGGCAGCCCAUGGACAAUGAAGAGACAGGCGCUGACAACCCUCUGCUGAAUGGAGAUGCCAGGAGCCCAGGAGAGGAAGGCGUGCUAGAAGGGCAGGACAGGAAGCCAGCAGACAGUGGGGGAACAGACCCUGAAUCCUGUCAGAAGACACAUGCUGAACCCCCUCUAGUGAAUGGACACCAUGAUGUCAGGGUUAACGAUGAGACUAAGGAAGUGACUUCUGGUGCACAGAGUCCAGGACCUCCUCAGAUGAAUGGAGGACCUCCCAUGUCUAACAGAGCUGCAGAGGAGACCACUGCUCUAUUGGACAAACAGGCCUUGGACAAGGACCAAGUCACCAAACCUCCUGAGUUAAUAGACAAAGGACCUAAAGACAUGGAGUCAAGAAGAGAACUAACAAACGGUGGACGUUUGUAUAACAAAAGAGAACCUAACACCAUAUGAUAAGAUACAGUAAUACUUUAUAUAAUAUACAUAUUAUAAGAUACACAUAUGUGACUUGCUUCAUCAUAAUCAGUCAUGUCAACCCCAAGGCACAUUCUGAAAAGUGUCUUUUACUGAUUUUCUAUAAUCUAAGCAGUUUAUUAAGUUAAUUCUCUAUGUGACAGCUGUAACCUGGAUAAGUUAGGAAAUGUGUUCUAGUGAUAUCAGUUGAAAUUCCAAAACGGCCCAAGACUUUUAGAAAAUAAUAAUUUAAAUAUGUUAUCUAAAUGUUUAAUUACUAUUAUCUGAAAAUGAGUGUGCGACAUAUGACUGAUUAUGAUACAACAAGUCACAUAUUAGCUAUACAACAUUAUAUAUGAAAUGAUAUGAAAUAAGAUCAUACACUACUAUUGUAUACUAUACAUGCAAGCAAUUAUAUAUAUAACAUACACAUGAAAAGAUGCUUAAAACGUUAACCUCUCUAGUAUAGACAUAUCCAAGGUCAUGAGGUCUCAAUGUCUUGUGGACAUGUCAAAUAGCUAAACAUUGACUAGGCAUUAUUUAGAGUAGGCCUCAUUAUCACAGGGCCCAGUCUAAGAAGCUCUAUUUUACUGAAGCAAUUAUUCAUUAUUUCUGAAUUGAGAGUUAGCAUGUCAGUUAAAAUAACUUGCAUAAUUUGUCCCAUUUAACACACACCUGUAAUCCUACUUUCAGUAAAGAAAAUUAAUGUUCCAUUUUAGCCUCUAGAAGAUACUACGACAGACUUUAUUUAAACCACUGCUUUCAUAGGAAAUCAUGAUUGGUCAGUUAAAACAGGUAACACUUCAUAUGGAUAUUCUCUUUAUAAUGCAUUAUAGGAGCAUUAAUAACACCUUCUAUGCAUAAUGCAUCAGGAUGCACAACAUAGGUGCUCAUGAACAUCUAUAACUGCAUAAAGCAUUAUCACCAGGAUGUGUAAUGCCUUAUGAAGCAAAGUAUUACUAUGCCAGAUGCCAUAUUUGAAAAGCACAUUAGGAUCGUUAUAUUAUACAUUCUGUGCUCAUGAAGCUAAAAAGUAGUAAGUAAUUGCAAAGUUGCUAAUUAGCGAAAAUGCUAAAAUAUCCCGUGAUGAUAUUCGAACACGCAACCUUUGGGUUGUUAGACGUUGGCGUUAUAAGUCCACCCAUCCGAAACCAAAGCAUGGAUUGCUGUCUGAGCUUGUUCAUAGACUGCUUACAGCUUAAAGAAAUCAAAUUACAUUUUGUAAUUUGGGUGAACUAUCCCUUUAACAGGAGUGCGGAACUCCUACGUGAAGUCGUUACAGUAUAGCCUCUGACACAUUUUCCUAAAGAGCAUUUUGUGUAGGUCAUACCACUUAGCUUCAUAAUCAUAACCCACUGAGGCACACACUGGUUGAAGUAACAUUGUUUCCACAUAAUUUCAAUGAUAUUACGUUAAACCAAUGUGGAAUAGACAUUGAAUUGAUGUCUGUGCCCAGUCGGAAGGCAUUAUGCUGCCUACUUAUAAUUAUAUUUAUUAGCAACCAUUAGAGCCUAUGUCAUGCCUUAUAAUGCAUAUUGCGCAGAUAAGGUGUUAUAAAUGCACUUAUAACACAUUAUGAAGAGGGUAUUCAUAGGAAGUGUUACCCGCAGUUCUUGCGGAAGGAACUGUACCCCACAUCCCCACCUACUAGUGACAUUGUGAAAAAUACCACACCUUUAGACAGUAAUUGUGUAGCUAUGUUGAUAUUUGUGUUCACCAUUUCAUUAGAAUGUUUAUUUCAGUCAGAGUGUCUGUCAGGUCAAAUGACUUAGGCGAAUGACAUACCCACAUACAUUGAGACCUUAUAACCUUAGUGUCAGAAAAGGUUCAUUUUC